CUGAGGUUUUAUCACCUUUUCUGGGUGAUUUUCAGCCGACAUGAUGGACGUUUCACUCGAGGCUCGAACCAAACCGCUUUCUACACUGUCUGCAUUUAGUUAUAUCCCACCACGAAGAAAGGAGGCAAAAGAAAUGACAUAUUACAAUACAGAGUCGAAGGUCCCAGAAGUGUCCAUGUAUGACCAAGUGUUCCACCAGGAGCAGGGUUACGAUAUGAAACUGCGGCGAGAUGACAGGAAACACUACAAGGGAAGAGGUCUCAACAUAAAUGAUGAGGAGAAGUCCAGAUCUGUCCCGGUGCGCUCCUCUGCAGAAUAUGGCCGCCGUCCUGUUCCCGCCCUCUACCAGACAGGACGAGAGCAUGCACGUGUGGCUUGCAUUAAAGCUGAAUUUUUCAUGGAAAAUGGGAUCAUCUGGAAUCUGGCAGAAGGAUACGGAUCAGUGGCCCCUAUUUGAAAGGCUGAAGUACCACAGCGUGAGAUGAAAGUGUUUGUUCUCACUGUGCAAAAAAUAAACCAGUGUUGGAGCAUGUACAUUAAAAAAAAGAACUUGUUCCUAGAACGAAAUUAAAUAAUGGAAAUAAUUUCCACCUAAAUAAAAUGCUUUAAUUUAGCGAGAAACAGUUUUGUUGAGUGAACAAAAUGUAAAUAUGUUGGGUCAACAUGAUGUAUUUGCAUUACUGUUAAUUAAUUACCAGGGGUCAGUCCAACUAGAUUUAUAAGGGUAAUUGUAACAUACGAACAUAAUUUUCUUGGGCCAUUUAAACAUGUAUGACGUUAUUAAGAGUUACUUUAUUUAAUAGGGUUGUUACAACUACUUUUUAAAAUAGUGCAGUACAUGAAUUAAUUGUGCUGAACCAACAAAACAAAGUUAGAUUGAAGUGGUUUAGCCUAAAAGAUUACCUUUAUCAUAUAAAAAUAAACAUAAUAGUAAUUAUUCAGGAAAUAAAUCAUUUUUAAACAGAGUAUUAUAUUCAGCAAUUUAAUUAGGUUGUUUUAACAUAAAGUAUUCUAGUAAAUUUUAAAGUGUUGCAUUUUAUGCUAAAACUACAUGUUUUAAAACUGUUCAACCACAAAACAUCAUUUUAUUUAGUAGAAGCUACAUGUUAGACUAAGGAGAAGGUAACAGACACCCAGUUUGCUUUUUUUGAGUGUAGAUUUCAAACAUCAACUGUCAUUUAAUCAGAAGACAUUUGAUUAUGAUAUAUAUUAUAUUCUGGUGAUUAGCAAAGGGAACAGUUCUUCAGGAGGCUUUAAAGAACAAAUCAGAAAAUAUGAAGACGGUGACAUUUUCCAGAGUGUCAUUUAAAGGUUCAGGUGGUGCAGACAGUAUAUACAUCUAAAAAUGUCCUCCAGUUAUUGCAGCUGGAUAUUGCACAUGAUAUCAGAGAUCAGUCUUGGCGUUCAGAUUUCCUGUCUUCAGUAUAAUUGCUGCUUUUAUUAAGAGACUGAAUGUUCUGUAUGGCAGGCGUGAUAUGAAUCUUUAAACUGACAGGAUUUCUCUAUGGAGCAUGGCACUUACAACUGACAGAGGGACUGAAAUUAAUUCACACAAGUUAAAAAAUUGCUUCCACCAAACCCACAAUUCACCACUAUACACUGCCUGAUCUCUAUUGUUACCCUGCUUUAUGUAAAUACAGUUCUUUCUCUGCAUCACUAACCUCUGAUUUGCAACUUCUUGGAUUCUUUUUGUGUAUAAAUUCUGAACCCACGCAACUGAGACCAACCUCCUACAUAAUAGGAUUUUUUUUGAGCACAGACAUCUCUCAUUUGCCUCUGCCUUUGUACUCUGGCAGAAAUAGCCCAUUUAUUCUUAGAAAUGAUACAGUAUUUGUUUGGUGUUAGAGCGGCAGUGUUUAUUUAAGAGGAUUAGGAGCUAAUGCACAAGGUGGCAUUUCAAAGGGAGAAAGGGAAAAAUAGCUGAGUAAAAUGUAAAUGCAGUUGCAUAAAUUAGUAUUAUUUGGUCACAAAAGCUUCCAGAAAACAAUGGUUUCACACUUUAAUCAGCAGAUUCAUCCUCAGAGAUUUCUGCUAAAUCCUGCAGUAAAUGGAGCUUAUUACAUCAUAGAGCCUUUAUUAUUUCUCCAUAUAUUUACUAUACAAAUAACUUCUGAAUGCUCAUACUUUAUGAAUAUUUUACAAGAAAAAAAUCUAACUAGCCACAUGGUAUAUUGAUACAUGUAAUAGAUCAGUUUUACAUGAUCAUAUAUUACUAAUGCAUUCUAGCAUGUUUGAUGAAUACAAUAAAUGCAUCCG